UUUUCUUGUGUCUUCUUUCUUUUCGUUGCACGUGUGAGCAGUGGGCUGCGCCAUUGCUGAAUAUUUCAGAGAAUUUCUCUGAAAAAAGUGUAAUUUUCAAUAGUGCGACACUCUUACCAUCAACAAAAUGACGUCGCAAUACAAUUUCAAAAAGAUUGUCAUCGUUCCGACGGCGAAGGAUUUUAUCGACAUCGUCUUGUCGAAAACCCAACGAAAGACGCCAACUGUAGUCCACAAGCAGUACAAGAUUUCUCGUAUCCGUCAAUUCUACAUGCGCAAAGUCAAGUUUUCCCAGCAGACCUUUCAUGACAAAUUGUCCACCAUUCUGACCGAUUUCCCCAAGCUGGACGAUAUUCAUCCCUUCUAUGCUGAUUUGAUGAAUGUUCUCUACGACAAGGAUCAUUACAAAUUAGCUCUUGGUCAGAUCAACAUUGCCCUGCAUUUGAUUGACAAUGUCUCCAAAGAUUAUGUCCGCCUUCUCAAGUACGGUGACUCCCUGUACCGCUGCAAGCAGCUCAAGAAGGCAGCCUUGGGUCGCAUGGCCACCAUCAUGAAGAGGCAAGCGCAGAGUCUUCAAUAUCUGGAGCAGGUCAGGCAGCAUCUCUCCCGUCUGCCUUCCAUUGACCCAAAUACCCGGACACUGCUUAUCUGUGGAUUCCCCAAUGUCGGCAAAUCCAGCUUCAUCAACAAGAUCACUAGGGCAGAUGUUGAAGUCCAGCCUUACGCUUUCACGACCAAGUCGCUCUUUGUUGGGCAUACUGAUCAUCGCUACCUGCGUUGGCAGGUGGUGGACACCCCAGGAAUUUUGGAUCACCCUCUCGAAGAUCGUAACACCAUUGAAAUGCAGGCCAUUGCUGCCUUGGCCCAUCUGAGAGCUGCUAUCCUCUACGUCAUGGACAUUUCAGAGCAAUGUGGCCACACCAUUGAACAGCAAGUGGCACUCUUUGAGAGCAUCAAGCCUCUCUUUGCCAACAAGCCAUUGCUCGUGGUGCUGAACAAGACAGAUGUCAUCCGUCUGGAGGAGCUGAAUCCUGAACAAAAGGCCUUGAUUCAAGGUUUCAUUAAUGACGACAUCCCCGUUAUGGAAAUGUCGACAUUCAGCGAAGAAGGAGUGAUGAAUGUCAAAACGGAAGCCUGCGAACGCUUGCUGUCCCACAGAAUCGAGGUGAAGAUCAAGAGCAAGAAGGUGGAAGGCAUUCUCAACCGACUGCACGUGGCUCUGCCUAAACCUCGCGACGGAUGCACACGUCCGGCCUUCGUGCCCGAGAAGGUGAUUGAAAAACGUCUGGAGAAGGGACCCAAGAUCAAAAAGAAGACGGAACGCGAUCUCGAGGUUGAGCAGGAAGACGAUUACUCGCUGGAUUUGAAAAAGAAUUACGACCUACCGGCCGACUUCAAAUACGACGUCAUUCCUGAAUUCUGGGAAGGCAAGAACAUCGCCGACUACAUCGACCCUGACAUCAUGGCCAAGCUGGAGGAGCUGGAGCGCGAGGAAGAGCUGCGGGUUGAAUCCGGAGUCUACGAAAAGGAGGAAGAAGAGAUGGACGAUGAAGAGAAGGAGAUCCACCGGUUAGCUGGCAAGAUUCGCGAGAAGAAGGCCAUCAUCGCCAUCGAGGGUCGUAUCGGUCGCAGCGGAGGUGCCCCCGUGAUGCCCCGCGCUGGACGCAAGCGCGAGCGUUCCGUCAGCCGUUUGCGUUCCGAGUUCGAGGAACUCGGCGUCGACAUGAGCAACAAGAGUGGCGCUCACUUCUCUCGCACUAAAUCGCGCUCGGCCAGCCGUCCGCCCAUCAAGAAGGCCCGCGCCGAUUCUGCCGGACGCGUCAGCUCGUCGUCUCGCGUCACUCCGCGCGACCAGUCGGGCAUCCGCAACGUUGAGCUCAAGGCCAAGGCCAAGAAGAUGGGUCACAAAGCGCAGGGCAAGAUGAAUCAAUUCGGUAAGGCUGGUGAAGCCGAUCGACACAUUGCAGUCAAGAUGCCCAGACAUCUUUACUCCGGCAAGCGCGGCAUUGGUAAAACCGAUCGCCGUUAAAAGACAGAGAAAUUGUAAGAAUUAAAAACAACAUCCGAAACGAUUACGAAGAAGAGGAAUCCAACGAGACUGAUGCCCCGGCUCCUGGAGUUUGUUGGAGAGGCCAAGGUUGAAUAUGACGUCUUAUCACAUCAAAAGUCCCUGAUUGCCUCUGCUGAGUUCAUCAAUUCUCAAAAAAGGUCCUGUGCUUUUUUGUUGUUUUAAAUGUGCCACUUCCAGCCCUCUCUCGGUUCAUGUCUACUCUUUUUAAUUGUCGUGUUUUUCUUUUCAGCGUGUUUUUGUUAUAAAUUCGACCGCUGUGGAAAAUAUUUCAAUGAAAGAAAAGAAAAAUAGUACACCGUGUUGGCGUCAGUCUCGAUAAAAA